AGAUAUGUGAUAGCAACAAGCGCGAAAAACAACUUUGAUGUUACUAUGUCUCGCAAGUUGUCAAAAUGUUGCUAUUGCUUAGAGAAAAUCAAUGGCUUCUCUUUUGUGUGCGCUGAGUGUUCAGUGAUUAAAAUAUGUGUGAAAUGCUUUUCAUGUGGGGUUGAGGGUGGAAAACAUAAAAAAAUUCACAAAUAUAUUAUAAAGCGUUCUGAAGAUUAUUAUCUCACUGAAAAUCAGUGGUUGCUUUCAGAAGAAUUAAAACUAUUAGACGCUCUGGAUACUUAUGGUUAUGGAAAUUGGGAUGAAAUAUCCGCUCAACUUCAGUCACACAGUUCCACAGACUGUCGAGAUCAUUAUGACAAGUUCUAUAUGUCAGGAAUCAUGAAACAACUUAUGUGUCCACCUUGUCCGUUUCCUCUUGUUAAAGAACACACUUACCCAAACAAACUUUUCGACUCUGAAGUUGAAAACAAUCUUUCAUGUGAUUUGCGAUUAGAUCAUCAGAAGUCACUUGGAUACUUGCCAUAUAGAGAUGAAUUCGAAAUUGAAUAUUUAAAUUCAGCCGAAGAACUUUUAAAUUCUGUUUAUACAACAUCUAAUUGCAAUGACCUCGACAAAGCUUUCUAUUUAGCAUUGAUGGGUAUUUACAAUCAAUAUAUACAGGAGCGUCAUUUCCGUCAUCGUUUGGCACGUUCACACAAUUUAAUUACUCACCUUAUGCGUGACCUGAUCCGUAUUCAAUCAAAGCAGAAGUUAUCCAACUAUACAUCCAAAUCUGGGGUAAUCAAAAGAGGAUGCCACACCAAACGGUCGAGUCAUCUAAGUGUUUCUCGAAUCAAAAAGGUUAAUCGGAAAUUAUGUUACAGUGUUAGUUUCAGGGAACAAGAAACUGCAUAUUCCCCUAAACUAAAAAGUUGUGUUGAUCGGAUUAGUGAUUUUAACUUUAAUUCUAAUGCUAUGAUAAGUGAACGUGUGGACGCCAAAGUUUUCCGUCAGUCCCUAGUUUUGACACAAAAACAUUUGAAUUGUUCAUAUGAGUCAAUACCGACUCCUCAUCUACAACAAUACAGCAUAUCCCACCAGGUUCUAGAAAAUAAUAAUAAGGAUUCCUCUACAGCCAAUUUAAAUAUCCCUGGAAUGAGUAAAAGUUUUGCUAUACCAAAUGUCACUAAAACAUUUCUUGUUCGCGAUGAUUCAUGGCUAACUGAGUCUUGUACCUCAUCAGAAAUCCUUGACUCCGGUAUUAGUUCUGCAGAGUCCUCUUCCAAUUCUACUACUUCGUGUAGCAAUUUUAGUGACCAGUUAAAUUCAAACCCCCUCGAAUCCACCAUUGAUUUGCAGCUAUCCAGUCAGACAGUUCCUGCUCGCCCUCGAUCUAAUUCUGAUUCCGCUUAUGAUGUCGGUAUAGUGAGAUUAAAAACUCAAUUUUCUAGCUGGAAUGAUCAAACCUUACCAUUAAAUAGAUUGACCAACAGUGCAUUUUCAGAGAUGGACCCUGUGCAAAACGUAAUUGGAUGUCUUUUUCAAUCUACCGAAGAAGUAAAGACUCCCUUGUUUGCACACCAGAGUCGGCGUCGGGGACGUCCACCCGGACAAUUUAAAACGAUAUCAGGUUUAUCUCACAAUCAGAAUACUGGGCAACAAAAUAUACAAACAUUCUUGAAGUGCAACAUAUCAAACUCAGAAAAUGUCAAUAUUGAAUCUUGUGGAGAAAUUCAUUAUCAUACACCUGGGAAUGAGAUACUUCAGAUUGAUAUUUCAUCAAAUUCGGAUAUAUAUAAUUCUCUUAAAAGUCUUACAUGGCUCGCUGAGAAUGUAGAGACCCCAUUAACGGUCCCUGUACAUCGCCGUCGUGGACGUCCACCUUGUAAUCCUAGAAUACCAUCUAUUUCUCAAAAUGUCUAUAGUGCUAAAAGUUGUGAAAAAACGUUUCUUACGCAUCCUCAGUGGCUGAAACCAUUCUUUCGUUAUCUUUCUACGUCGGAAGCAGAGACAUUCCUUAAAAAUUUGGAACGUGAACGCAUACUACGUAUUGAACUUAGUCAGCUGAUACAAGAUUACUGUAGGUUCUCCAUGAAAACAGGUGACUUUUAUUAAAUAGCAUAAAUUAUUAUAUAACUUUCGAAUAAUUUUUUAAAAAGUGCUCUUCUCUCCUAGUCAUUUUUUUAUUAGUUAGAUAUUUCAGUUGUUACUUUUUCGUUUGAUCUUGAGAAAUUUUCACACUAGUCUAAAAUAGAUAUACUCAAAACGUUUUGCACGUUCGCGAUACAUAAUUGAGUUAUCUAGAGCUUGAUUUUUUCUCGGUGUGAUGUUAUACUCGUUUAAUAACUUUAAUCAGUCAACAUUUGUUUAAAGGUCAUUUUUAUCAUUCCUCAAAUUAGUUGUGGUAGGACAAGUAGCAAAGUAACCGACUCCCUUCUUAUGAACACUUCUGAAUAUUAGAAUAGCAUAUAUGGAAAUUUAUUUAUCAUAUCAUUCGAUAUCAGUCAAUUAUCCUUUGUCAUAUUCACAUACAAUGGUUCAGUUAUUUAUAUUAAACCGAGCUGGUUUAUUUAGAAAACACUGACCGUUGGGUCACAUCUUAAAUAUAAUUAUUUAAAAAUCGGAAUUAUGUUCAAUUAUCAUAUGUUUCAUUUGGUUGGGGGGAACAGGGACGGAAAAUUAUCUCUGUUCCGUCACGUAGUCAAUAUAUGGGUGUUGGUGUACUUCUGUUUAUUGAAAAAAUUUUGAUAAUUAACUGAACCUAGAAGAUUAAACAAAACUAGCUUGAUAACUGAACACAUUACAUAUACAUAAGGUCAAAGCAUUCCACGCACACAAACAACAAAGUGCUUAGAUAAGAAAGUCCUCGAAUGCCCUGGUAUGUCCGCAGGUCGGGGGAGUCCUCUUUCCCCCACGAAAUGCUCCCAUAUGGCCGUGCGUAUACCACUACUGCCAGGGAAGUCCUACUCACUGCCUUCUGGUGGUGGGGGCGUUGUUUAAGAAAUUGAGAGGACGAAAAGCGAAUGUCCGGUGCUUUAACCGGGGUCGCGGACACGGAGGGCUUCAUGAUCCUAAGGAAACAAAUGGCGUAUGAACUUAUUGUUGGUCACCGGCAACCAUGGAACUGCAUGUCCUGACGUUGCUCCAUUGCCGUAUGGAUUAGCCCUGUAGGUCAAAGACUCGGGAUGUAGCCCCCUAGGAAAAUCACUUGCUUCGGUCUGAGCACCCGGGCAGUAUUCCAGCCCUCACACAAAUCCAUUGAUUUAUGUGGCGCACAUAUAUUUGGUGCCUCGUUGGACCAAUGUUUAUGUGUUUAAAUUAGUGGAUUUAAAGUAGAUAAGGAAGAAGUAUAACCAAAGUCAAGUAAUAAUCGUAUCUCUCAUUUGUGCUCACUAUGUUUCUCAACAUAUCAUAGGAAUGAAUACUUAUAAUUGGUUGCAAGUCUAAAUUAAUUUAUGUUAACUGCUAGAUACCCACUUAGUGGUCUAGAGGUUAAGUAAAUUCUUGUUGCGAGACCUAAAUAUCCUGCGUUCGAUCCCUAGCGGGGUCGUUGGUGAACACUGCCGAAAAGUUCCAUACAAGAGCAAAAGUUGUCCAGUGCUCCCUAGUUUUCAAUCGUUGCAGUAUUGUCAAUCUAUAAUGCAAAUUUACAGAUUUUGCGAUUUCUAGUCUCUCGCGCUAAAUUCAGUCACCUCAAAAUGUCUUAUAAAUAUUUCGAAGUUCAAACAAUCAUUACUGUUUUAAUUGGAUUUGUUACUUGUAAUAAUGAUAAGUAGCUGGUAUACAUACAUCCGUAAUCUGGUUGUUGUAUUCGAGUCUACAAGACAAUAAUCCACCACAAAUCUUAUAUCUUCGGCUCAAAGCAACAGGUUUUGUGUGCGGGCCAGUGAUACUACACGGCAUCUCUAAUUGUAAUAAAGGAAAAUUAGAGUUCAAACCUACUACUAUAUGGCUCAAAGUAGAAUGAUUUACCACUUCAUUUAGCUAGUAAUGGUUGGUCAUUUCAUCAUACAUUGCAUCAAAAUUUCAUAAUUCUUAUUGUUUCAUAACUAUUCUGCUCUCUCCUGCUUUUCCUCUACGUUUAUUUUCCAACAUGUAUGUGGCUAAGCUGUGACCUGGUUAAUUUAACUAUCACUAUUUAGUUAACCUAAAUUUUCUUUCGAGUAACAUUUCUAGCAUAUUCGUUGUCUGUUCUAAUAAUCACUUUUACGAUGACAUAAAAAGAUGACAUUAUUUAGGUCAAUAUUUUUUGCUGGUUUCCAUCAUGAAUUUCGACCAAGGUAGUAGCUGUGACAUUCAUCCAGUAUGACGUCUUAAGGUCAAUAUUUUCUUGUGUCGAUUUAGUAUAAAAUUCGCUCAAUAUGAAAAGUGUGAACUUUCGUUCAGUGUGACAAUUAUAUUCCCUCCAUCAUUUCAGAUGCAAAUAUUUAUUGUGUUUGCUUUUACAGUAACUAUGUAUUUCACCUAUGUGAUAUUGUGUGUCACGAUAGUUACAGUGGUUCUCUUUUUGAAGUAUGAGUGUUAGGAUCAAGGAAUUGCAAUGGUUCUUAAUUGUAAGUUAUGCGCGGUAUGACUUUGAACUCAACAGGGUCUAUGCGUACGUAACUGCGGCGAUACACGCCCAGACAACAGAGACUGCCAGAGAUAUUACAACGAAAACUGGAAUAUAAUAAUCACUCAUUAUAUUCACCGAUAAUCUCUGUGAAUCGUUUGUCCUUACAAACUAACAAAUUUGUUAACUACCAUCCCCUUACUUUGUUUCUGUUUUAGCUUCCAACAUUCUGUGCUGCUAACUCUCAGCUUAGAAUCUUAUUGUAAGUUUACUUCGGCUCCAUUUCUAAUCUUGUCUAAAGACAAAAAAAUACUAAACACGGUUUUAUUCCCUAUCUCGGUAAAAGUCUUAAUAAUUUUUAUGCAUCUUAACAAUCAGUAGGAGUGAUCAUUAAAGGCUCCUAUUCCCGGUUUAGCAAAUGAAUCUUGAAACUGUAGUCUAUAAAUCCAAAACUGUUAGUCAUAAAUAGUGAAGGAUGUGGAAUUUUCUCACAGAAAAGUUGAGGGGAAGAUAAGUGUGGAAAAAAAACUGGAAAACGUAAUAAAAAUGAGGAGAAAUAGGGAUUAUUUGAUCAUUAAGCAAGCAAUUGUUUCUCCUCACAUGCUUACGUGUCCCAAUCUAUUUUACUUCAAGUAGUACUUUUUCGAAAAUAUUUUGGCUAAUUAUUUUAGUAAAUGUAGUUCACUAUCAUCACCAAACUAACUCCAAACUCAAUAUUAAGGAAAAAUUGCCUAUUGUGAAACUAUUUCUUAUUAGUAGUUUGUACAUCUUAGCCUGGUCUAAUUUUUUUGGUUUGAUAUGUUUUAGCAGUGACCGAUUGUGUAGUUCGUGAGGAUUCAUCUAGUCGUUUCGAUCUCUACAAGAAUCCAUCUUCAUCAUGUUCUUCCACCUCCACUUCUCCUCCACCCCCGCCGCCGUCUACUUCUCCAAUCUCCAAAAAAUCAACAACUUCAUCUGUUCAUCACCGGCUGUCCAACUUUAUAAAGUUACGGAAACUUAAACGAUCAUUUAGUACAAAUACACGAAAACUGGUUCAUAAUUUUGCUUCAAAUAAAAUGAAUCAAUAUCGCAGUUUUGCACAUUAUAAUAAUCAUAAUCUUCGACGAAUUAAUCUCGCUAAUAGAAUUAAUCAAAAAAUUAAUUGUAAACGAACACGAACUGUUUUUAAUUAAUGUUCAAUAAUCUUAAUAUUUUAAUUCUCAGGUUGAUUAAUUCGUUGUUUAUACAAUGCUCUUCUCACUGUGUGACCUAAACAUAUGCACACACAAUUUCAGUUCUAAUUGUUAAUUGUAGCUAGGACCUUCUUUAUUGUUAGCAAUAAAAUAAUACUGAACUGUACAUAUCAUUCUAGGUACAUUCCUAAUACUAGAACUAAUUAAUUCACAAUUAAUGAGACAUAUAAGCUGAUAAUUUGUGUCUUACUCUGCUUCACACAAUUCGACUUUCAAAAGUGACACUGAAAAUAAUACACAGUUUAUUCAAAUGACUUUAAACCAAAUUUUGUUUACUGAUAAACCUACUCACAGUGAAACUGACAAUACUUAUUAUUGUUAACCUGUUCUCAUCUCAAUUUACUAUUAAUAUUUAGUUGUCAUCAAAUUUAUUUUGUUUGGCUGUGUCCUUCCUUGUUAACCUUUUAAUAAUCGAACUCCUAGUGUAUUGGUAUGCUGUGGUAGGUGACUAUUUCUAUCAUUUUUAGAUGUUUUUUGUGUUUUCCUGUUACUUCUUGCUUAGAUUGUUCCUUACUUCUACACGUUAAUUCCUCCGAGUAAAUCAAAGAUCAAUUGCUCAAAUUAACAUUGUUUAUAUUAUUGUUUUAAUAGGUGUUCUAUUUGAAGGCAAAGCAAAGAUCCCUUCAAUUCCCAAAUCAAUUCAUUAGGUGUUAAAUAUAUGCUACAUUUAUCCUGUAUUACAUAAGGUGUUAUAAUACUAAUUUUUAUUCCUAAUACGUUUAUGCAUGUGUAUCGUGUUUUCUGUAGUUAUGUUCCAAUAAUAUCUUUAUUAUGCUUAUUA